GAGUGUUUUUUUACAGAGUACGUCGCGAUAUCUAAGUCAACAUUUAAUGAUGUGAAUCUCUAUUUCAAAGUGUAUAACCCCAGAUUAUAAAUAGCAAAGCCAUUAAAAAUGAAGUUAAAUUCUUGGCCUAACAGGAACAACUACCCACUCCGAAUUUUUGUGAAAAAAAAUGUAAGUUAAAGUUUAAAUGAUUUUUAUUUCUUUAUUAAGCGGCGUGUGCCUGUUCAUUGGAAUAUUUUUGUUGAUUUAACUAAAUUAAUUGUUUAGCAGACAUAAAAAAAAACACUUUUCUGAAUGAAAUAAAACACACCUCCCUAAUGUUGAAGGAAAUAGUUUGGCUUAAUAAUUUCUUCGAUGGUAAGUGAUUAAAUACCCAUUGUGGCUCACAGACAGGCAAGUUAGAGAUAGAAUCAAUAGCUACAUUAUAGAUGCAUUUUGUGUAACAAUUACAUAACAAGACACCUUUUAAUACUCAGGAAAAGACAGUUCACACGCUAAAAGGAGUAAACAAAACUUCUGGUCAUCGGAAGGAUGUCAAACAAUUUCAGGAAAAACGAGUUCUGAUUUUGCACAUUGCACGUGCAAAGAAUAUUCCGCAGUUACAUUAAUUAGCCAACGCAUGGUAAAUCCAACGGACAAAAACAUUACAAAACUCAGUGCAAUAACAUGGUUUGGAACUGGUAUACUAAUUCUGGCUUUAGUUGUGACAAUUGUAGUUUCUUCUAUAUUUCGAAAAUCCACAAAGUUGUUUUUGCCGUUUCUGUGCGUUUUAUCUUCGUGGCUUUGCUUGGUUAUAACCUUUGCCUUUGGUGUGGCAAAAACUGAUUCAGAAAAGGAGUGUCGAAUCGUUGCAGCAAUUCUGCAGUUCUUCUUGAUUUCGACAUAUUGUUGGAAUUUGGUGUUUACUUAUUUAAUGCACAAAUCUCCAGAAAAUGAAAACGAUAUAAAAGUAUUGGCAAAGGCAGUCACAUUUGCUUUAGGAGUUCCAAUCUUUGUAGUUUUGGUUACUGCAACAACAAUCACAAAUUCGUACGGAGGGAACCAGUUUUGCGUACCCUAUGAAACGGCAUUCUAUGUUGGUGUUUUGGUCCCUGUUGUAAUUUUAUUCAUUGUAAAUUUGUACAUGUUGAUUUUGGAUUAUUAUCACAUGCCAAAUGGUGUUUCUAACGCAAAUCACGAAGACCAACAAGGGCAGCAAAAGAAAUUUCAAGGCAAUUCAAGUGAUUUAAUAAAGGCGUUGCUACUGUUGAUGGUUAUCAGUGUGGUCUUUGUAACAGCAAUAUGUUUAAUUGAAUACGUUUCUACAGUGAUGGAAGUGAUUUUUUUGGCAAUCUGCAUGAUUUCGUUUGUUUUCAUGGCUGUGUGUUUUAUAGCUAACAAGAUUUGUGGACGUUACAAGAACAACUUAGAGAUUAGGAAGACAGUUCGAAACGUGUCAAAAGACGAAAAAGAACAACGUGUAGGCAUUCGCUUGUUAUCACGGAACGAAAACGUUGAUACAAACUAAAUUUUAUUUUGGUCUUGAGAAAGCAAACGAAUGAUAAAAAGUCUGUUGGGCUGUUGUAAAGUGUUUCCUUAUGCAGUGUUUAAAAACACGAUUUUGUUCCAUAUAAACUUUUGUUGUUAUAGAAAUAAUAGAUCUUUAUAUUUGUCCAAUAAACGUGGAGGAUUUGAUUAGUAUCUGAUAUAUCUUUCAUCCAAUAUUAUGCAUAACGCACACAAUGUAGGAGAAAUAAGCUUUCAGCAAUAACAUAUACAGGUUACAACAUUUUGCUUUAUCAGAGAGUAUCUUAUGAAAAAUCUGGACAGUGAUACCAUAAAUAAUAAUCAUCAUUGACGAAUUUACACAUUUUUAUAGCAACAAAAGUUUAUAUGCCACAAAGUCGUAUUUUAAAUGCUAAUACAUCAUUCGACGAACAUAUUCCUUAUGAUGUCAAAGAAAAGCUACUCGUGAAUAAUCCUGUUUCGUCAAAUAUGAACAAUUUUAAGUUUUAGACGAUUUUGUAAAGAAUUUAUUCCAAUAUGAAACUGUUCCAGUGAACGCUCCUGUUGCACAGUUUCUGAUAUAAGUAUUUUAGUUUAACUAGUAAAGUUAAAGAAUUAACGCCCUACGAUAUUACUUAACACAGUAAGACCGUUAUGAUGCAGUAAAACAUAGUUAAAAAAUCCUGAA